UUGAACACAGACACAUCCGUGGUUUGUCUUCCCUUCAACAUGUCUGCAGAGAGGCUGCUGCUGAUCUGUCUUUUCCUUCAAGGGGGCCUCGCACUGUCAAGGAACUUUUGGCACAUCACCGACCUGCACUGGGACCCAAGCUACGACCUGAGCAAUGACCCCAAAAGGGUGUGUAACUCCAGCGGUAUCAGACCGGCGGUCCAGGCAGGUCCGUAUGGUGACCAUGCUUGCGACUCUCCUUGGAACCUCAUCAACUCCUCCAUUCACGCCAUGAAGGACAUUCUCCCCAACCCGGAUUUCAUUGUGUGGACAGGAGACGACACGCCCCACGUUCCCAAUCAGUUACUGGGCGAAGAAUCAGUUCUGCGCAUAAUCGGCAACCUCACAGACAUCAUUACUGAAGUUUUUCCCGGAACCAAAGUAUACCCUGCCCUGGGUAACCACGACUACCACCCCAAGAGCCAGCUUCCUGGUGGCCCGAGCUACAUGUACGACCAAACGGCAGAAAAGUGGAAGCACUGGUUGGAUUUAGAGUCACACCAAACCUUCAAAAAUGGUGGCUACUACACAGAAAAGCUCCUGAAUCGAGCAGGUUUCAGGAUGUUGGUGCUCAACACAAACCUCUACUAUGAGAGCAACAAGGUGACCCAGAACGAUGAGGACCCAGCUGGCCAGUUUAGCUGGGCGGAUGGUGUCCUCACACAGGCUGCCGCCAGGAAAGAAAAGGUGUACAUCAUCGGCCACGUCCCCCCGGGGAUGUUUGAGAAGAAGAGAAGUAAGCCUUGGUACAGACCGCAGUUUAACAUGCGUUACCUUGAGCUGAUUCAGAAGCAUCACGCCGUCAUCAAGGGACAGUUCUUCGGCCAUCACCACACCGAUGCAUUUCGCAUGUUCUACGACUCGAAUGACUCUCCCAUCAGCACCAUGUUCCUUAGCCCGGCGGUGACACCAUGGGAGACUACGCUCCCGGGUGUCAAGAAAGGGGCCAACAAUCCUGGCAUUCGCAUCUUCGAAUACGACACCCAAACACUCCUGGUCCAAGACGUGGUAACUUACUACCUAAACCUGACACGCGCCAAUGCCGGCCGGGAUCGCUGGGAGAAGGAGUACCGUCUGACCGAGAGCUUCCAGGUGGCGGACGCCUCGCCGGCCUCCAUGCACCAGGUCUUGAAAGGCAUCUCUGAGGACAGGUGCCGCCUGCAGCAAUACUACCAAUUCAACUCGGUCAACUUUGACCUGAGCGAGUGCGACAAAGAAUGCCGCGCGGACCACGUGUGCGCCUCGCGCGAGGUCGACUUCCACUUGUACGAGCGAUGCUUGGCCAUAGAGGCAGCGGGGGCCGGGCUCAGCGGAGGCCUGCUGAGCAUCCUCAGCAUGGCGGCGAGCAUUUUGUUUCUUUUUGCUCGGCAGUAGUUAGCAAUCCAGAUGGGUGGAGGAAUCAUAAUUACUUUUUAAUCUUAUAUAGUCUGCAUUUUCCAUGCUCACACUACCCAGAAUGGCCCUGGUCAGUUUUGAAGAAAGUCCUCAUAAAAACUGUCUAUAUCGAAUUAUGAUGUACAGAUCUUUUGCCAAUGUAUUAAUAGUCUGUCUGAUAUGAAUAAAUGGACAAUGAAUCCAAAAUAAAUACUUUAGAGAAGUGGGAAAGUGUAUUUUUCCAAUCUUGUUUUUUUUUUAGGCCCUUGUUUCAUGUGUACAUUUUUUAUGGAACAAAAGAAUGAGAUUUUUAAAUAUUUAACAUUCCGUGAAUUUUGGGUCACUUCAGAGAAAGUCCUAAUUUUUCUAGGUGAAAGAAAAAAAUAGAAUGUUAUUUUUGUUGACAGUGUUCUUGAAAUCAGUCAAAUUAGAGCCUAAUAUUAUGUAAGGGUUAAUUUUAAAAUUCAGUCAGCGAUCAGUCACUAUUUUUCAAACAUUUAUGACCCUUCUUAUACAGUAUUUGAAAGCAAAAAUUCUAUUGCUUUUAAAAUGAUCAAGUAUGAACAUGUUUACAAGUUAUGUUUCUCAUUUGAAAUUCAACAAAACAUACAAACAUUGUAACAAUGGUAGUAGACCAAGAAUUAUGAUUUUAAAUAAUUGUACAACCAACUUCUUCUCUAAUCUCAGUUCUUUAUUUUUAAUUCCCCUCUCAAAACCCUUUUUUUUUCUUCCAGUUGAACUACACAGGAUCAAACAUGCCAUGAAAAUGUAUUUUCCCACUUCUCAAAUCCUUAUUUUUUGCACAGUAUAGUUUUGCCACUUUUACGUUUAAGAUCAUUGAAAAAGUGGAUGAAAAAGUAAUGGCCCCUAAACUAAAUAAGUGGUUGAGCCCCCCACCCCGGCAGCAACAACUGAACUGGCAAUGAGUCUUUCAUAUCUCCGUGGGGAUAUUUUCGCCAACUAUUCCUUGCAGAAUUGCUUUAAUCCAGCAACACUGGAGGGGGGAGGGGUCAAAAUUUUCAGCGGUUACUCUUAAAUUGUCCAUAGGUAUCACUAUGAGUGUGAAUGGUUGUUCGUUUACAUGUCCCCUGUGAUGGACUGGCAACUA